GCCCUGCCGUUUACUGAUGAACCCCCAGCAUCAGUCCUCUGUUGAAGCCAUCAAGUCGACAAACUUCACCUUCAUUUUUUAAAAAGAUGCGCGUCGAAAUCGCUUGUCUGUUGGUCUUGGUGGCAGUCUCCGCUUAUGCCUCAUCUCCUGUCGAACCAAAGAGCGACAAAGACAGAUUUCUAUUCGUCAGCGGCUCGUACUCGUUCACGACGUUCACCGUACUCAAAGCGACCACCACCACCACGUCAACCUAUACAUCCACCACUACCUGCACAACGUCGUCAGCCGCUCUGACCACCUGCACCAUCGGCCGCCGUCGCCGUGGUCUCUUCUACGACGAGGCUGAUGGAGCCCAGGGUCGCGAUCGCCGCGGACUUUUCUACAAUGACGAAGAAGUCGCGAGCCAGGAUGGCAGCUCAUUCCUUCCUGCUGAAAAUAAGUCAAGCGAUCCAGUUGAAGAAGUUGCCAAGACGAGCGCUGAUGAUUCUUCGCUCAUUCCUUUGGAAAUCGAGUCCGGUUACGAUGUGCCAGCGGUAGGACCCAACCGUUUCCUCCUGUCUUUUGGAACGUCGACUGUAACCAGUCUCGUCCUUACCACCUCGACCGUCAGCUUGACGGCCUUCUGCAGUAGCACUAGCGGGUUCUCUCUCUGCGGUACUGCUGGCAAAUAAAUUUCUGUACAUCGUAUUAAUUUCCCGCGUGAAUCGUAUCUUGUUGGCCAAAUGUAUUAGCUAAUUCUGUUGCAGUGGUCGCAGUCGCACACCUGUUUUCGGCACUGUCGGAACUAUUUAUCUGGCUCAUUAUUAUUCUCUUUGAAUAACUUCCAAAAUAAACAUUUAUAAGCAGCAAUUUAUAUAAACUCAA